AUGCCAGCCAUCACCACUGAGUCACCGAUGGACACCAACGACAGCGAGCCCGCGAUGGUCCUCAAGGUCAACGAUGUCAAUUGGCAAAUUGAACAAUUGCACAAGUGCCAAAUAAUCCCCGAGAGUGCAGUAAAAGCGUUGUGUACCAAGGUGAAGGAAAUUUUGGUGCAAGAAGGCAAUGUCCAGAUCGUCGAGCCGCCCGUAACGAUUUGCGGCGAUAUCCACGGGCAAUUUUAUGAUCUGCUAGAACUGUUCAAGGUUGGCGGCUCUAUCCCGGAUGCGAACUACCUGUUCCUCGGGGACUAUGUUGACCGGGGCUUUUGCCGCAGCUCAGAGCUCGAAUGGUCACAUCCCUCGAAAGAUGGCACCAGACUACUUCCUCUAAAGACAACAGACGGCCACGCCAUUCGACGAGCAUCGGAUUCCGAUAUUUUCGAAUUUCUCCUAGCUCUGAACGUGACUUGGCCAUACGAGUUUGAGCUUCGAAGAAUAGAUCCAGAUAUCUACAUUCCUUAUUGGGAUUCGACGCUCGAGUCUCGGCUGCCACGACCGCAAGACAGUUGUCUGUUUAGCUCUGAGCUGAUGGGCACGGGAUCGGGCAGUGUCACCUCUGGGCCGUUUGCUAACUGGAGAACGAUCGAGGGCCCCGUACUUCGACGGGCCGCUGGAGGCGCUGGAAAUCCGUUUACGGACGCCGACAUCAACCCCGUGAUGGAACCAGCGGACCAUCGAUCAGGAGAAAUGUUCGACCAGAUGACGUCUGCAAAUGACCCGCUAUUCUACUUGCACCACUCGUUUGUCGAUUAUAUCUGGGAGGCAUGGCGUCAAUCUAGACAGACGCGCGCACAGCGUGAACAAGACUUCCCGGCCGACAACCAGCUCUGCUCCAGCCCGCAACAUUUGAGCCGGUCGGAUGGCACCGUUCAACCCUUACAGGAAACGUCGACGGACUGUCAAACAAAUACACCGACGAGCUCUACACGUACGCCCCGCGCCCGACCUGUUCUCCGGCAAACCCGAGCUGCGGAAGCCGUUUCCUAUUUUGUGACUUCUCGCAUGGGGCGGCGCGUUGUGUCUCGAAGGCCGUUCGACCGAUCACCGUUGCCCCUUCCGUCACCGUACGCCCGCCAGUUAACGCCCCGAGAGCGGCGGACUGCUGGAACGAGAACCAAUGCUGCCAAACGUGGGCCGCCCAGGGCGAAUGCACACGAAAUCGGGGCUACAUGCAAGACUUUUGCAAGGCCUCCUGCAACAUUUGUACCCCGAAUCCGCCGAUUCGUGAUGACUGCUCCGACCGGCACCCGUCGUGUGGCUCCUUUGGGCGGCCACCGGCGAGUGCACCAAGAAUCCAGAUUGGAUGACCGAGAACUGCCGGCGCAGCUG